AUGUGUGUGUGUGUGUGUGUGUGUGUGUGUCUGUGUGCGCGUGAGAGAGCAUGUACGAAGAGAGCGGUAUUUGAGAAAUCCGAAUUGUGGCCCAGCGUUCUCGUCGACAUGCGUCUCAGCUCCGGCUCGUCCUCCUCCUCAUCUGGGGUCGUCUUCUACCCGCUCCUUCCAUCUUUGCUGGCUACCUUGUCGCAGAGAGAUAAACGCAGAUGUAUGUACCCUCCAAGCGCGACUGGCCUCGCUGCUUCUCUUUUGCCCGCACGGCGCACAGACUCGCUCGAGACAUGUUUAACGGCGAAAAACGCGAGCGCACACACACACAGUUAUUGCUGA